GGACGCGACACAAAAUGGCGGCGGACAGGCAGCACCGCCACGCGGAACGGAGGGGCGGGAAGGGACGGAGCCUUCCUCCUCCUCCCCCCUCUGCUCUUCCUCCCCCUCCCCCUCCUCCUCGGCCGGUCCCCGUGCCCAUCCCGCCCUUUCCACGGGGCGGGUCGCGAGGGACCCGAAACCCCACGGGGCAACCGCGGGGCGGCGGCAGGACCCGGCGGACUAUUUGUUGUCUCGGCGUGGCGGAGGGGAGGCGGUACGGAUCCCUCCGCCCGCCGCGAAGUAGCGCCGGUCGCGGAAGUCGGCGCUGGCGGCUGCCGGGGGCCGCGGCAGGGCAGCGGCGGCGCCUCCACCCCCGUCCCCCGGCCCGGCCCGGCUCCGCUGCCAUGGCCACCCGCUCCUGCCGGGAGAAGGCGCAGAAGCAGAACGAGCAGCACCAGGCCAUCCUGGCCAAGCUGCUGCGGGAGGAGGACAACAAGUACUGCGCGGACUGCGAGGCCAAGGGUCCAAGAUGGGCUUCCUGGAACACUGGUGUUUUUAUUUGCAUCAGAUGUGCUGGAAUACAUCGAAAUCUUGGGGUCCAUAUAUCAAGGGUCAAGUCUGUCAACCUGGACCAGUGGACACCAGAACAAAUACAGUGCAUGCAGGAAAUGGGAAAUACUAAAGCAAGACUACUCUAUGAAGCUAACCUACCGGAGAACUUUAGAAGACCUCAAACAGAUCAAGCCGUGGAAUUUUUCAUCAGGGACAAGUAUGAAAAGAAGAAGUAUUAUGAUAAAAAUGCAGCAAAUACCUUCAAUAAGGAAAAAGAAAAAAAGAAAGAAGAGAAAAAGAGAGAGAAAGAAUCAGAAAAAACAUCAAAACAAGUAGCAGUUGAAAAGCCACAGAAGAAGGAGGAUCAACAAUUAGAAGCUAAAGCAAGUCCAAAAAAGUCAUCAGAACCCACUAUUGACCUUUUAGGACUUGAUGGUCCAGCUGAAGCAUCUGUUACAAAUGGAGGCACUGCUACUGCCGCAGCAUUGAAUGAUGACCUGGAUAUCUUCGGUCCAAUGAUCUCUAAUCCUUUACCAGCAGCUGCUGUAUCUCCUGCUCAGAGCGCUUCCACUAAACCAACAGCUGCCACCUUGUCUGCAGCAUCUGGGGAUCUCGAUCUGUUCACUGAGCAAACAACAAAAUCAGAGGAGUCGGCAAAGAAGCAACUCUCCAAAGACUCCAUCUUAUCACUGUAUGGCACAGGAACCAUGCAGCAGCAGAAUGCUCCAGGUAUGUUCAUGGGCUCAUCCUCUAUGCCAUUUACCACACAACCAUCAACUCAUUUUCAAGGUUUUCCAGCCAUGGGAGUUCCUGUGCCUGCAGCAACUGGAAUGAUGGGAAGCAUGAUGGGACAAUCGGUGCCAGUCAUGGGACAGAGCACGGGUGUGAUGGUAGGAAUGGGAAUGCCCAAUGGAUUUACUGGUACUGCACAAACUGGUGUGAUGGGACUUCCUCAGAAUGUCGUUGGACCUCAAGGUGGAAUGGUGGGACAAAUGGUUACUCCACAAAAUAAGUAUGGAUUGCAACAAAAUCAACAAGCUCAAUGGAACCUCACUCAGAUGAAUCAGCAAAUGGCCGGAAUGAAUCUCAGUAGUUCCAGCAACGUGAUGGGCUUUGGCCAGCCCCCCAGCACAGUGGCAGGAUGGACUGGAAGCUCCUCUGGUCAGACUCUGAGCACACAACUGUGGAAAUGAAAGUUGCAAUAGAAGUUUCCUCCAGAACAGCCACCUAACAUUCCUUGUUCAAAUGCAUUUACUUUUGCUGUUCUCUCCAUGUACAUAUUCUUUUUCUUUUUCCCAAGCUGUUCAGAUUAAGAAUAUAACUGACUGACCGUGUUGUGGUCUAUAUUGAUUUAAAUUUGAUGUAGUGAAAAGCAGAUCAAGAAUACAUUUAUAUAUCAUUGGCAGCGUUUUCAUACAAUGCAUAUGAUUUCAUAGACCAUGUAUUUAAGAAGCUGCUUAACCACAUACUGAUUUUUUUCCCUCAAAAUUCUAGAUCAAAUGUUUGCAUAUAAGGGAUGUAGCUAUCAUGUUAGUAAUAUCCAAAAAUAUAAACCCUGACCCCACCCCCCAAAAAAAACUGACCCAGUAAUCCUGUAGAAGGUACUGUAUGAACAACUGUUUAAUCAUAUAUAAAUAGAAUGUAAAUGUAUCACUGAGCAAUGUUUUCUAGUGUAUCAAAGAAAUUUUGUUUCAUCAUACAUUUCACUGUGAUGUUAUUAUGGUGUGCAUAACAGGGAAUAUGGUUAUUGAAAGAAAGAUAAACCUGGAUGUUACUGUAGUUCUACAAAUUAAUAGUUUAUUCUUUUAAAAAAUGAGCAUUUGAUCCAUUUGAGUUUCCUGUGAUAAAGUACCCAAUCUGGCUCACGAGGCAUGUACACAGUAUUAAUGCUGAGAACUAGUGGCACAACAUGUAUACAAGGUAACUCAAUGUGAACAGAUAUAUUUUUCCUCACAGUGAUCCAGGUUUAUGACAGUGAUUGUGUUUACAUUUUAUGGUGCCUCGUAAUGAUAAAAUGUUAUUUCCCUAUAUUAAAAGGAUAAAUCCAUAAA